AUGGCAAAAUUUUUUCCGUUGUUAUUUGUUGUACUAGUGCUAUAUAGUUCAGAGGAAAGGCUGAAUAAGCAAUGGUUGGAAGAUUCUGAAAAUAAUAUUGUUUAUUAUAUUUUGAUCAGAGCAAUUAAUAGAUUUUAUGAAAUUCAUAAUCGUUAUCCAGAUGCUGAGACUUUUUUUAUUGAAAUUGAUUCAAGUGAAUAUACAGAACAAGCUAGAUCAGAAUUUGACUCAUUAAAAACAAUUGUCAUUGAUUUAUUAAGAGAAUGUGAUAUUACAAAUAUUCCUGACCAUUUGGAUAAUUAUAUUCAUGAAAUAUGUCGAGCUGGCGGAUCAGAAUUACCAAACAUUGCCGCUUUACUUGGUGGUUUGGUAUCUCAAGAAAUCAUUAAACUUAUUACUCAUCAAUAUAUUCCUAUGGAAAAUACUAGCAUUUUCGAUGGAAUUAAAUCGACUGCUUCUACUUUUGUAUUGAAACAUGAACCACCAUUAGCAAUCGAGUCUAUGACUGUUCUUGAUACUAUUAGAUUCGGGGGAACUAUCGCAACUGGGUGCCAUGGUGCUAUAACUGAUUCAAGAACACUUGCUGAACAAGUUGUUGGUUUGGAAAUAGUGACUAGCUCGGGUGAAGUACAAAAAUUUGAAUAUGACCCUAACAACCCAGACGAGAUGGAAGCUGCACGUGUCAAUUUGGGACUCUUUGGUGUUAUUUACAAAAUAUCCUUUCUUGUUAAGCCAAUGUACAAACUUCGAAUGAAGGAUACUUACCCCGAAUUAAAAUCUUUUACUGGUGAAAAUAUUAAAGAUUUUGUGAAGAAUCCUAUAGUUGACGGAGUUGAGAUAUUCUAUUGGCCAUUUAAUGAAUCACGCCAUUCAACCGACUCUUCGAAAGACAAACUUUGGAUAAAAGUAUGGGAAAACAUAAUUAACGAUCAACAACCCAGUCUAAAUCAAGAUCAGGUAAAGGCGUUUCGCAGAAAACAGGAAGGUUUUAGUCGCCUUGCCAACGGUUUUUACAAACAUCUUAUAGAUGAUCCAACCAAGACUCCAAAGAUCACACACGGUGCCGGACUGCUUAGGAAAGAAUUUAUAGACGAUAAGAUAAAUAAUCUGGUAUGGGAGGUACCAGAUGCGACCCAUUACCAGGCAGGAAUUGAUAAUAUCCUUUGUCGGGAUUUGGAAUUCGCUAUUAAAGCUGACAAAGACUUCGAAAACAUCAUCACAGAACUGAAUUAUAUUGUCGAUAGAAUUUAUGAGGAAAAACAGAAAAAAAAAUAUCCCAUUAAUUUAGUUGUUGAACUACGGAUUCUUAAAAGCUCGACAGCUCUCCUGUCAACUGCAUACGACGAAGAUCCCGAUGCCUAUUAUUUCUUUAUCGAAGUUCUUUCUUUCAGAUAUUUCAACAAACAUAAUAACACCUGCAUAGAUACAGAAUACUUUGAGGAGUUUUCCAAUGAACUUGCCCAACGAUGGAUGGAAAAAUAUAAUGCGAGACCUCAUUGGGCCAAAUCUUGGGAAGAUGUUCCGAACAUUAAAGGUUAUCUGCACAAUUUGCUGAAAGAACGUAUCCAAAGAUUCGAGGCUGUCCGCGCAAAAUAUGAUCCAACGAAUAUGUUUUUUGAUAACGAUUCUCUCCGCGAGGUGUUUUAUGGACCAGGAAACUUGAAAUAA